GUCUCCACCCACCGCCACAGAAACCUAUCUCCCCCUCAAUUUCCUCCGUUUUCCCGAGAAACAAACCCUAAAAUUUCUAUCUUGUAGCCCUUCACGUACUCCUUCGCGAUGGCACGAACCAAACAGACCGCUCGUAAGUCGACAGGAGGAAAGGCUCCGAGGAAGCAGCUGGCGACCAAGGCGGCGAGGAAAUCGGCUCCAGCGACCGGAGGAGUGAAGAAGCCGCACAGAUUCAGACCGGGAACGGUGGCUCUGAGAGAGAUCAGGAAGUACCAGAAGAGCACAGAGCUUCUGAUUCGGAAGCUUCCAUUCCAGAGACUGGUGAGAGAGAUCGCGCAGGAUUUCAAGACGGAUCUCAGGUUCCAGAGCAGUGCCGUUGCAGCUCUUCAGGAAGCUGCGGAGGCAUAUCUGGUUGGAUUGUUCGAGGACACGAAUCUGUGUGCGAUUCACGCGAAGAGGGUGACAAUCAUGCCGAAGGAUAUUCAGCUGGCGAGAAGAAUUAGAGGCGAGAGAGCUUAGAUUCUAGGUUUGCAAUGAAAAUGUUUUAAAAAGUAGGUGGUAGAGUUGAUUUGGAUCUCUUAGUUUAUGUAGAUUUGUGGUGACCUGUGUUUUGAGUUCUUGAUUCAGUCAAUUCUGUGGUUUGGAAUCUCUUACACAAAUGUUUGCUUCGUGAUCGAAGCUUGUUCUCCGACAUAUCAUAGAAAUGCCAAUCAACGAA